GUUAUGAAAGAACGGGAUAUGCGAAGUCAGCCAACGAUUAGGAUGGUAGAUCCACUUUCCGAGCUGUCUACGGAUGUCAACAACAGCGGCUGCAUCUCCAGAAAAAGAAAAGUGGAAGAGACGAGUCAGCGGUCAGUACGGCCCAAGUACUGCAGCAGCGGAAGUAUGCCGGAGGAUUCUCUAGCAUUUCGCAAUGCGCGCAAGGAAGCGGCAAAUGCAGCGAAUACCUCACCAAAUCGCUUCGUGAAGAAGGAAAUCGAUGAUAACGGCGAUCUUCCCGAAGAAAAUCGCGCACUGGACAAAAAGAUAAAAAAGAAAUAUAUAUGGGUGAGGUUUUCAGCAUUCUGUUGUGCAUUUUGGCUUUGA